UUGAAAAAUUUAAACGCUACUGUUUUGAUAAUUGUAAUUGUUAUAUAUCACGUAUUGCAAUCAGUUGCAAAAUGACUGAGCAAGUUAUUUCAUCAAAGGACAAUUACAAAUGUGACAUGGAUGGAAGCAGUGAUGAUGAUAGUGGAGAUGAUUGGAAUGAAAUUAUAGAAGAUUUUGAAUGUAUACCGUGCCUUUUUUGUAACGAAGUAACAAGUAAUUUUUCUAUAGCGCUAGAACAUCUAAUAGCGUCACAUAAAUUUGAUUUAAAAAAUUUUAUAACAAGGCAUUCGCUUGACACUUAUUCUUACAUUAAACUAAUUAAUUUUAUACGACAUAAAAAUGUUUUGCCUGAUCAGUUGAAUGCAUUGAAUAUAAAAACAUGGGAAAGCGAUGAAUAUUUAAGACCUGUCAUUGAAGAUGAUCCUUGGUUAAUGUUUGAUAUUGAAGAUCUAGAAGAGAAAACAACGAAACCUGUGGCAUAUACAGUGAAUUCAGAGAAUGGUUGUGUCACACUAUCCGAAGCACAUUUUGCUGAACUACAGAGAACAAUACAAACACUCAGAGCCCAGUUAGAACAACGUGAAUUAGCGUGUUCCUUGGCAAAACAACAAAUAGAUGAAAUGACAGAGAAAGCAAGAAAAUUGGUCUUUGAUGAUGAUUUAGAUGAAAACAAUACUAUUAGUUCUGGUAACUCCAACUGCAAUGUUGAUAAAGGAUAUUUUAAUACAUAUAGUCAUUUUGCUAUACAUCAUGAAAUGUUAACAGAUAAAGUCCGGACAGAAAGUUACAGGGAUGCACUUUUAACAAAUGCAAAUCGUUUUACUGAUUCCAUAGUGCUAGAUGUUGGAUGUGGAACUGGCAUCUUGUCUAUGUUCGCUGCGAAAACUGGCUGCCGUAAAGUUAUCAGCGUCGACCAAUCGGAUGUAAUAUAUCACGCUAUUGAUAUAGUGAGAGAAAAUAAUUUGAGUGAUAUUAUCACUUUAAAGAAAGGUCGUCUCGAAGACAUCAAUCUUGAUGAAGAUAAAGUAGAUGCAAUUGUUUCUGAAUGGAUGGGUUAUUUUCUUUUGUUCGAGGGUAUGCUGGAUACAGUUAUUUACGCUAGGGACCACUAUUUGGCACCUGGUGGUAUACUUCUCCCCAACAGAUGUACCCUUAGCAUCGUAGGAAGUGGAGACACUAGACGAUAUGUCGAACUUAUCGACUACUGGUCAAACGUGUACGGUUUCAAAAUGAGCUGUAUGAAAGCAGAAGUCGUGCGUGAACCAAGUAUAGAAAUUUGCAAUGCUGACGAAUUGAUAACUAGUACCGUUGAAAUCCACGACUUCGACUUGUACAAAGUAACAAGAGAUUGUGUAAAUUUUACGGCGCCAUUUGGACUAAGAGUGAAAAAGACUGGAUCGUUAACUGCGAUUGUUGGCUAUUUUGAUAUAUUCUUCGAUUUGGAUAAUCCAAUUCAUUUUAGCACGGGACCUCAUUCAACCCCCACGCAUUGGAAACAAACAGUAUUUUCAUUAAGCGAGCCUAUUAGCAUUACGGAGGGGGAAAUCUUACCUGGUAAAUUAAUUUGUCGUAGACACAUCAAAGACAUCAGAGGGCUCAUUGUUACAAUUUGUAUUAAAAAUACCAGCCAAGUUUAUUAUUUAGAAUAAGCUUUUAAUAUUUCGCUUUAAAGUUCACGUAAUAGACGUAAGUGCCAACAAAUAAAACCAUAGGGUCCAGAACAGCUUGCUGACCAUAAUAUUGUUCACGACUAUCAUUAUUAAUUACGAUAGGUAUAUAUACGGUUUAAAAGUUUAGCGUGGAAAAUUUGAUAUUUAUAUUUUUUAUGAUGUUAUGAUUUAUUACAGUGAUGUGCAAUUGCGCUCACGAAAGAGACACGCACUUGUGGGUAUCGAUGAGUAUACACAAUAGACUUUCGUUAUAUUGCCAUAGGUCGGGAUAUAGUAGCAAAAGAUUUUUGAAUUGGCAAUAUAGAAAGAGAUUCUUCAUAAGAGACUCUUAGUCUAGCAAUUCCCCACUCACUCGUAAACUCGUCUAGUCGGCAAUAUAACGAGAGCCUAAUGUAGCUAUCUAUAGAAGCUGUAUUUGUUUGUUGUUAGGAGUAAGAGGAUGAAUUCCUUUGGGUUGUAUCUCUUGCACACGUCAUCGCUGCAUGCUUAUAUGCGCGAGGUGUUUAGCGAGCACUUGAUCUGCCCGUCACUGAUUUAUUAAAUUCGCAUUCUUGUAAGAAAAAUCGUAAUCUUGCAUAAAUUAUAUGCUUAAAUUUUAUUCCUGCAACGAAGGUAGAUAUACAGUCUUUAUAAAACUUUUUUUUAUAUUAUUUUACCAUAUUUAUAACCAAAGAUCACAUUGAUUAUUUCCAUAAAUUAUUCUAUAUAAAAACAAUGCACAUUCUUUCCGUAUAGUAUGACCAGAAAUAAUGCAUAUUUUGCGAUAAUGAUUGUUUACAAUUUGUGCCUUUCGAAUAGUUAUUAUAUUUACUAUUGAACUUAAAGAUAAUGUUUCUCACAGUUAGAUCAAUUUGAAAGAACUGACACGAUAUUGUUUCCUUUUACGGUUCCAGAUUAAUAUAGUACAUAAGUUGUUAAUAUUUCAGAAUUCUCCACAUUUUAAUAUUAACAAUAUUAAUAAUAAUAAUCCUGAAAUAUUGACAAUAUAAGUAUAUUGAUCAUUUAAGGUCUUCUUUAAAAAUUCUUAUAGCAGUAGCGAGACGGUGGUAUAAAUACUUAUUCGUUUGAACAAACAUUUCGUUUGUUCACAUAAUAUCUGAACGAAAACAAUUGAUUUUAGUAGUUCCAUAAAUAGUAUAAUAAUAUAUAAAUUUCCAGUUUCCAACAAUUUUUCAACUAUUACAUUAAAUAUAUAUAUAUAUAUUUAACAAAAUAUUCAGAUAUAAAUACAGCCGAUAUUUUAAUUACGCUUAUAGUUAAUAAACAACGAUAUUCGAGUUCGCUCAAAUUAAGUACCAUUCGGUAGCUUUAAGUAACUUGAACAAAUGAAUUCAAAAAGAAAAAAAUAUAUGCAUGCGUUUUGCUUGUAUAUCCUUUCCGUCACGGUACUAUAUAAUCAAAUCGUCCAAAAGUUCUAUAAAUAAAGAUAUCUUUGCCAGCUCUCUUUGCAUGUUCUACCGUAGAAUAAGGUAUUCGUCACAUUUGAUUAUUAAGUAUUACUGAAAUUAAAGUUACUUAAUAUGAUACACGUUAAGUCCGAUACUUCAUCUUCCAUAGUUUAUGAACAAACAAUGCAGCGUUUGACUACUUGCUCUUAUUUUUAUCUAAGAAUCUUCUAGGAAGAAAGAAACGUUUUAAGAAUAUAUUGUGUAAAGUUCGUUAUUUAUGACGUAUUUUAAUUUCGCCUGUUAAAAUUGAAUUGCAUUUGAUUAUAGUCAAAUAAUACAAAUCUGUGAUAUAAAAAACUAAGUGACAGCAAAUUUAUUUCAUUGUAACUUAGGAGCAUUGUUGUUUCUCCUUGUUCAUACGUA